AUGGCACACGGCCUUGUCGAAAAGGCCUUGAAGGAGACGGUCAGCUCUACCUCUGGGGGGUAUCUGGCUCCCUCUCCGCCUCGAGAUGCCGACCUCGAAUCGCAGCGCCGUCCUAGUACCCUCCAUGAUAGUGUCGAACUUGAGCGUAUUAACACAUCUCGCCUACAGCAGCAACUUACCGUUGGAUCGAAUCGAAGCCGGAUCCCUCGAGAGCAAUGGCUGCCCAUGGGAGCCGGGAAAGACUACCCCCCUCCACUACCGGACGCGGAGGAAUACGUGGUCGAGUUCGAAGGAUCGGACGACCCUAUGCACCCUCAGAACUGGCCUAUGGGAAGGCGUGUUCUUAUAGGAUCGCUCUUGACGUUCUGUGCACUUGUUACGGCGUAUGUUAGUGCUAUUUUCGCCACGGCCUCGGAGGGUGUUAUGAAAGAGUUCGGAUUCGGUAAAGAAGUGGCUGCGCUGGGUACAACGUUAUAUGUGCUGGGGUUCUCUGCCGGGCCAACGAUAUGGGCGCCGGCAUCUGAGUUGAUCGGACGACGAUGGCCCAUGUUGAUUGGCAUGUUCGGAUUCGAUAUCUUCACGAUCGCCUGCGCGACGGCGAAAGACACGCAAACCAUCAUGCUGACCCGAUUCUUCUCCGGAUUCUGUGCCGCCAGUGUCAUCGCUCUUGUCCCAGCUAGUCUAUCGGAUCUGUUCAAUAACCAUCAUCGAGGUAUUGCAAUUGCCGUUUAUACGAUGUCUGUGUUCACCGGACCGUUCACCGCGCCAUUUAUCGGUGGGUUCACUGCAGAGAGCUACUUGGGCUGGCGGUGGACGCUAUAUAUACCGGCCUUUGUCGGGUUCUUUAGCCUGACCCUGAUGGCGCUGUUCGCACAGGAGACGUACGCACCCGUCGUAUUGAUGCAAAAAGCGGCCAUCCUGCGCCGACAAACCAGGAACUGGGGGAUUCAUGCACGGCAGGAUGAACAUGAGAUCGAUUUCCGGGAGUUGGUGACUAAGAACCUCGCAAGGCCAUUUCUCAUUUUAUUCACCGAGCCCAUCGCCUUCCUUCUGACCUUGUAUAUGUCCUUCAUUUAUGGACUGGCCUAUGCGCUGCUGUCGGCCUACCCGAUUGUCUUCCAAGGCACCCAUGGCAUGACCGGUGGUGUGAGCGGAUUGCCAUUUAUAGGGUUGAUUAUUGGUGAGAUAUCGGGCAGUAGCUUCGUUCUCUCACUUCAGAAGUCAUACUCCCGGAAGUUGGAGGCUAAUAGUAAUGUGCCCGUACCUGAGUGGCGACUACCCCCCUGCAUCAUUGGUGGUGUUGCAUUUGCAGGAGGGCUCUUCUGGUUUGGCUGGACAGGUUGGAAUCCAUCGAUCCACUGGAUGGCUCCCACGGCGGCCGGAGUGAUGGUGGGAUUCGGCAUCACCUCGAUAUUCAUGCAGGGGUUCAAUUACUUACUUGAUUCGUAUCUCAAUUUACGGACACCAGCUCAUUCUUUAGACAUCCCUACCACCCAGCUCGAGGACUUCAAGUUCUGGGUGCAAUAUGCGGCUGCCACCUACUGCCCUAAUAACUACGUUGCCAAAGACGGUGAAAAGCUGAACUGCUCUGUGGGCAACUGCCCGGAUGUCGAGGCGGCUGAUGCCACCGUCAAGGUCAGCUUCUCCGACGACACUAUCACCGAUACUGCCGGCUUCGUGGCCGUAGACAACACCAACAAGGCCAUUAUCGUCGCUUUCCGUGGUUCCUACUCCGUCCGCAACUGGGUCACCGAUGCAACCUUCCCCCAAAUUGACCCAGGACUGUGCAAAGGCUGCAAGGCCGAACUGGGCUUCUGGACCGCCUGGAAGGUCGUCCGCGACAGAAUUAUCAAGACCCUGGAUGAGCUGAAGCCCGAGCACAGCGACUACAAAAUCGUCGUUGUCGGCCACAGUCUCGGGGCCGCCAUCGCCUCGCUCGCAGCUGCUGACCUGCGCACGAAGAACUGCGACGCGAUCCUGUACGCAUACGCCGCGCCACGUGUGGCUAACAAGGCUUUGGCCGAGUUCAUCACUAACCAAGGCAACAACUACCGUUUCACUCACAAUGAUGACCCCGUCCCCAAGCUGCCGCUCUUGACUAUGGGCUACGUGCACAUCAGCCCCGAAUACUAUAUCACCGCUCCAGAUAACACUACCGUCACCGACAACCAAGUCACCGUGCUCGAUGGAUACGUUAACUUCGAGGGAAACACCGGCACCAGCGGCGGACUUCCUGAUCUCCUAGCGUUCCAUUCGCAUGUGUGGUACUUUAUCCACGCCGAUGCCUGCAAGGGUCCUGGAUUGCCAUUCCGCUAA